ACUACAGAGCAGCAACAGUACAGUAGGUAGCUCAUGGUGUUUGGAUAUUUCUAACUUUACUCCAGUCCUUAGUAUAAGUCGAAAAUAAAGUUUGUUAGGAGGAUUUUGGUUCUUUGAGCCUUAGUUUCGCUACUCGUGUUAAGUGGAAGACAUACACAGAACAGAUUUCCCUCAACAUGUGUCGCUGAUAUUAGCUUCAGAGUGCUAAAGCUAAGUUGCUAAGUUAGCCGAGACGUAAACACACCGAAAGAAAGUGGAUGAAAGACAGAAAGACAACGUGAUCCGGACCUAAAAACCCACAAGAAAGGUAUGAGGAAGUGGAACGGGCGAGAAGGACAACGACCGCGCAGGCGACAGGGUGCUGGCCAACGCCAGGGAUGGUUCAGAGGCUCCAGGCAGAGAUCAGCACAGGACGACCAGUGGUAUGGACACGAUGAUGCAGGGCCAUCCUACAGAACACCUCAGAGGAGACACCAUAACCCGUCUUCUGCGGCAUCACUUCCCCCUCCGCCCUCAUCUUCACCGUCUUCCUCACAUGCCUCAUCUUCCUCGUCUGAUUCUAAAGCAAGCAGUCCUGCACCAGAGCUGCCGGGCUUUUACUUCGACCCUGAGAAAAACCGGUACUUUCGCCUUUUGCCUGGACAUAACAACUGUAACCCACUGACCAGAGAGCAGCUGCAGGAGAAGGAAAGGGAAAAAACGAGAAGCAAGCUGCUAGAAGAGGAUGAAAAGUCAAGAAAAAAAGCCCCACGGACAGGACUAAACACCUCACUGCUGCUGCAAAAACGGCACCUUGGCCUGUUACCCGAGAACUCCUACUGCAGGCUCAUCCAUGAGGUGAAGGUCAGCGGGAUGAGACGCCACAAACUGGAGAUCCAGAGCACAGACAACAGCAGCCCGAACACCGACAACUUCAGACUCAUAGUGGGAGAUUCGGCGUGUGAGCGAGUGUUCACCGUGAACGACGUCUACCACGGCGGCUGCAAAUACGGCAUCAUGAACUUCAGCAGCAGCAGCCGAGGCUCCCUGUCUGUGGAAAUGUGCGACAACCUGUAUUUCACCAAUCGCAAGGUGAAUUCCAUCUGCUGGGCCUCAGUCAACUAUCCCGAUUCUCAUGUGUUGCUCUGUCUGGUGGGAGUGGCAGACACUCCCGGCUGCGUCAGUUUGCUUCCUGCUUCCCUUUUUAGCAACUCCAACCCAGAUCAGCCUGGGAUGCUCUGCAGCUUCAAGAUCUCCACGGCUUGGUCGUGUGCCUGGUGUCUCAACCCUCAGUUUGACAAAACCUUCAGCACUGGCCUCUCUCGCAGGGUCAUCAUAAAGGAUGCAGAGACGGGCCGAACGCAGACGUACAGCGUCGGCAGUGAUGUCUUGGCUCAGCAGUUUGCCCACAGGGUCCCCGUCCUGUUCAACGGCUGCAGAUCCGGGGAGAUCUUCAGCAUGGACCUGCGGCAGCGCGGCCGCCGGGACCAGAGCUGGAAGGCCAACCGCUUCCAUCAGGAGUCGGCCAUCACUUCCGUACGCGUCCUGCAGGACGAGAACUACCUGGUGGCUGCUGACAUGCUGGGCCAGAUCAAGCUGUGGGAUGUGCGAGUGUCAAAGCCAGUGCAGGAGUACCAGGGUCAUCACAACGAGCACGCCUACCUCCCCGUCCACGUCAACGAGCGUGAGGGCCUCCUGUUGGCAGUGGGUCAAGAUUGCUACACGAGAUUAUGGAGCUUGAAGGACGGCCACCUCCUGCGAACCAUCCCGUCCCCCCACCCGGCCGCUAACGACUCCAUCCCCAGCGUGGUGUUCUCCUCCAACCUGGGCGGCUGCCGGGGGCUCCCCGGCCUGCUCAUGGCCGUCAAGCACGACCUCUACUACUUCCCGUACAACACCGACUACCAGGAGGGAGGAGAGCUGAGAGCCAGCGCCGAGGGCAACGAUUAAAACUUCUCCAACAAAGUGGUUUUAACCCAUCAGCCAGGAUUUAUGUUUUACAGGAAGUUCUACUCAGAGCUCAGAAAUAUGCUGCCUUUAUUCUCAGGGGAAUAUUUUUUUUGUUCAUGCUUUUAUUUUCCAAAUCUGCUUCCCUUUUGAACAGAAGUGCACUUACUCUGAUUUUCUUAAUAAUCACGAGAAAUUGCUGACUUGCUUUUUCAAAGUGCAGUGCUGUUUUCUUUGUAAAUCACCACUUUUUCUAAUUCCUGUUCAAUCCCGACAGUGAAGAUUUAAUAAACUGAUUCAUGCGUUUUUUUUCUUGAAUGACACAUA